AUGUGGAUAGCAGGCAUCGUCUCUCUCAUCUCCCUGGCUGUACUUUCUUACGAACGUUACUGCACCAUGACGGGAACAACAGAGGCCGAUACCACAAACUACAGAAAAACAUGGACAGGCAUUGUCCUGUCCUGGACGUACUCCUUGGUCUGGACUGCACCCCCCCUUUUCGGCUGGAGCAGUUAUGGGCCAGAAGGACCAGGGACAAUGUGCUCCGUGAACUGGCAUUCAAAGGACGCUAACAACACGUCCUACAUCGUAUGUCUUUUCUUCUUUUGCCUUGUAAUCCCUUUUGUCAUUAUUGUUUAUUCGUACGGGAAGCUGCUGUGCACUAUAAGGCAGGUGAGUGGCAUUAAUAAAGGGAUGGGUCGGACCCGGGAGCAGCGCAUCCUGAUCAUGGUGGUGGCGAUGGUAAUUUGCUUUCUCCUUUGCUGGCUGCCAUAUGCGACUGUGGCACUUAUAGCUACGUUUGGGAAACCUGGUCUCAUCACCCCUGCAGUCAGCAUCAUCCCAUCCCUCCUUGCCAAAAGCAGCACAGUCUACAACCCCAUCAUCUACAUAUUUCUGAACAAACAGUUUUACAGGUGCUUUUUGGCACUUCUGAGAUGCAACAAAGCCACCACAAACUCCAGCAACAAGUCCUCGUCCAGGUCCUGCUGUGCACUGCAGCGGGCGCCAGGCAACACCUGCCCCACAGCUGCUGCCUUGGCCAGGCAGCCCUCAACCAAGAGCCCGGACCCUGCUGGGAGCCCACACCCACCUCCAAAAGAGACCCCAACAGCUAAAAGAGCUGUGCUGGUGGCUCACUACAGCGCCUGA